AACAAAGUAACUCAUUUUAUUUAAACAUAAAAAAAACAUCGUACUUAUUACACCGUACACGCUUUCCUGGGACCAGACAAGGCUCAGACAGUAUCAUCGCACUCACCUUGUUUAAAACACAACAUUAUUACCCUUACCUUAUGAACUUAUGAGAAACCGUACAUAGAUAAGUGAAAUGAACGUUGCGGUGCGUCGGGCGACAUUGUACAGUUUUUAUUUGUGCACCCACGGAGGCGCCGCGACGGCUGCAGAAUUUUCUCUCAUUUUUGCGGAAAAAUUUGUUGAUGUGCAAUUUCAGCCGCGCGGUAAAACAUCAUAGCUUUGAUCUGUAAAUUAAUAGAUAGGUAGGUUGGGGAGGCGGUCGUUAGGCGGGGCGAGCGGGCGGCGCGCGCUCAUUGGCUGAUUCUGCCGGGGGAGCCACGCGCGGCACCCGAGCCCGGAGUCCAGCACUGUGACAGCACCCGCCGGCCGCGCCGGACCACCUCCCUCGGUCGCCCGCGUGUCAGUGUUUAUGGACAAAAUGUUGGAGUUCUACACGAACAUUACCCCUGGACUGAUGCCGGAGUCGGGCAACCAGCCGCCGCUCAACUACUCGGGUCGCACAGAGCUGAGCGCCAGCAUCAAGCGGGAGAAGAUCGUGGAGAUCUGCGAGGGCUGCGGCCAGAAGAUCCAGGACCGCUACCUCAUGCGCGUGGGCGAGCUGUCCUGGCACGAGCACUGCCUCAGCUGCUGCGUCUGCGGCUGCCCCCUAGCCCACACCUGCUACACCAGAAACUCCAAACUAUACUGCAAACCAGACUACGAUAGAUUGUUCGCAGUGAAAUGCUCUCGCUGCGGCGACCGGCUGCUGCCUCAGGAGAUGGUGAUGCGGGCGCAGCAGCACGUGUUCCACAUCCAGUGCUUCGUGUGCGUCAUGUGCUGCCAGCCGCUGCAGAAGGGCGAGCAGUAUGUGCUGCGAGCAGGACAGAUCUUCUGCCGGCAGGACUUCGAGAAGGAGAUGUAUUUGAUGCAGCACGCGGAAGAUGACAUAAUCCUGGACGAGGCAGACCGACCGCGCGACGGCCGCCGCGGCCCCAAGCGCCCCCGCACCAUUCUCACCUCAGCCCAGAGACGACAGUUCAAAGCUUCCUUCGAAGUCAGCCCCAAACCGUGCCGCAAAGUACGAGAAGCCCUCGCUAAAGACACCGGCCUGAGCGUGAGAGUCGUGCAGGUCUGGUUCCAGAACCAGAGAGCCAAAAUGAAGAAGAUACAGAGGAAAGCUAAACAAGACGGUGAUAAAAACAAUGACAAAGAUAAAGAUAAGGACGAGAAGAGUAUCAAACAGGAGUCGCCUUCCAGCGAGCACGGCAACUAUCUAGGUCUCGAUGGUUCCUACUCUGCUUCAAGUCAACCACUAAACCCUAAUCUGCCAUAUUCUCCUGAUGAUUACCCGGCGCACUCGGGCGACAGUUUCUGUUCAUCAGACAUAUCCCUCGACGGCAGCAACUUCGACCAGCUCGACGAGGGAACAUCCGACACCAUGAGCCUUCAGAACCUGGAGGUGCCACACCACGCGCACGCCGCGCACGCGCCGCACGAGCCCCUCAACCUCGGCACCGGCGCUGUCGUCAACCCUAUAGACAAGCUCUACCUCAUGCAGAACUCCUACUUCAGUACGGACCAUUGAUUGCCGAGACGGGUCGGCCGCAGACCCAAGGUCGCCCUCGUCAGCGAGAGAGCGCCGCCGCCGCCCCACGCCGCCUCCUGGACAGAGGCCACUGACAUGUCGAGAAGGUUCUUCCAUGACUACUUUGAAACAUCGAACCCCGUCUGAGAAUUGGACGAUGGCCAAAGCGGUUUGAAGCACUUAGAUUUGACGCACACCAGAAUGUAGCAAUAUCAGCAGAACACCUAUUGUAUCUUAAUAUAAUAAUUAUAUUAACUUAAUGACUGUAAAACUGUAAUAUAACUUUAACUCUGGUUUAUAUACUGUUAAUAGAUUUAUAAAGCGAAAAUUAAGGAUACAAAUGUUUAUAAGAUAUAAAUUAGGGCUUAAUGAAAUUUACUGAUCAAUCAUAUCCGGAUUAGCCACGAUUUAGAAGGUGACAACAACGAGUCACUUAUUAUGCGUUAUAAUUCGUAUAAAUAGUGUUAAUAGGUAUCACUAUGCACUAGCCAGCAGCCAAAGAUGUAAAUAUUGUACAGGAAUUAUUUACUUAGAAUAUAAUUAUAUUAAUUAAAGCUUAGAUAGUAACACCAUCCCUUGUUAUAUAUGAUACUCGUCCUGUAUACUGCCAAGCCACCAACACUGACCAUGUAAAACAGUCAUCUACGUACAGAGUGAAGUAGGUAGUGUGCCGUUUCUUUAGAUACCAUGCAUGUAGGUAGGCAUGGUCUGGUAAGUAUACUAUGUAUGUGCCAGCCUAUGUACCUAGUAAAAUAGGCAGAUCUAUGUUUACAUAAUGAGAAAUGAUCAUUUGCAAUAAAAUUUUAUUGGAAGGUAGAGCCGAAAACCGAAAAAAUACAUUUAGACCUGCUGUAACUUUGUAAAUACUGUCCUUACUUACCAAUUUUAUUUCAUCAUAUAAUUCCAUCCCGAUGUUUUUUGUAUGAAUGAGGUUA